CUGAAAUGAAAGUGAAAGUGGUGUGUUUGCAUGGCGGGUGGUUGGUGCUCAGACUGCAAAGUUCCUCUUAAAUUAGGUUUAUCAUGACUCCUGCUUUGGGUGGACUAUUCCUGGCUUUAUUGUUUUCAGGUGUAUGUAGACCUCAGUCGGUUCACGAUGUCCAGUGGCUGCCGUGUCAAUUUCAGGAUGAGACGGUCCGAAUAAAUGACGAGGGGCAUAAAGAGGUCAAAUUUCACCCUCGAAGUGCAGGACUGCAAUUUGGAAAUGCAGGAGACAGUCCUCUAAACUCCGAUGCUAUCACCUUCCUCGUCACAACAUCAAAGGUGGAUCUAAGGCGUUAUUUAGAAGGUCGCGAGGACUCACUGGAAUGUGAGAUCCAGAGAUACGACACUAAAGGCAUUGUAAUGCGCUGGCCUGGUUUGGGUGCACAUGAGCAUGAUGUCUGGUUCACAUGUACCAUCCGGCAUAAUGAGGGUCACUUUCGCCAAACGACCUUCCUCAGACACACACCUGCAAAGGAAGGCUACCAGGAGAGGAUUGAAAUUGGCGACAGAGAGCUUCUGACCACCUCAGCUACGAUGGUUGUCCUGACGCGCACCCCUGUAAUUCAGGUGGGUCUCAUGAAGGAGCAAAUCCUGCAUUGUCAGUUCGCUGUGGACCACAAGCAGGCGAGUGCGACAGUGGAGUGGAUGUUCCAGCGGCAUGGCGAGCGCACUAAACUUUUCAGCUACUCGAGUCGCACGGGCAAAAGUGAAGGCCGUGGCGUGUCUGUGAAAUCCCUUUCAGCAGGAGAUGCCUCUCUGAAACUACCGCUCACUAAGCUGACAAACGAGGGCACAUACACGUGCUCUGUUUUUAUCCCGCCACUUCACUCCAACAGUGACGUCAUCCUCCACAUUCAAGAACAACCACGUGUAACCAUGAACGUGGGCUCAACCUUGUCCUUAACCUUGGGUCAGGACCAGAAAGUGGUGUGUGACACUCAGGGCUACUACCCACUGGAUGUGACCAUCGAGUGGCUGAGAGAGAAAGUGGGUUCAAGCCUGGCGCCCGAGGUCAUGAAGAACGUCCUGUACUCCAGCCACCGCCACCAUCAGGAUGGCACAUACUCGCUCUCGGCGUUCUUUCUGCUCCAGCCCGGACUGGAAGAUUCCAAUUACAAGUACACAUGCCGGGUGCAACAUCAGUCUCUGCGCACACCAAUCCGCAAGAGCUUCACGCUCAUCGUUACAGAGCAAGACUCAACGUUGUGGUACAUCUUAGCGUUUGGAUUCAUAAUCGCCAUGCUGGUAAUCCUCAAAUGGCUACUGCCCCAGUUUAUUGCUGCAAGAAAACAAGCAGCAAGCAAGAGGUUCUGAAGGCCCAUGCCAGCGGAAUUAUAGCACCACUCCAUGGAGACGGGCAACACCACAUCCCUCUGUCUCCUCCCACCUCCCCUGCUGUACCUGCUGCAUCACUGGAAAAAAAAAGAUUUUCCAGCUGAAGAGGUUGUUGUUGUGAGCGCCAGUGUCUGAUCUCAUGGUUUAUGAGGGUACUUACGGAUCCAUGUGUGAGAAAUAACAAAUCUUUCUCAACCUAAUUGCAAGACGGCUGCCAACAUGAUGUGAGGUUUUUUUUAGUAGUAAAAAAUGCACAUAGUGUCGAAUCAUAAAAUACUAAUAAUUUACAGAGAAUAAUUAGUGUUUGUUUGUUUGUGAUGGGAAUCACUGACAAUACUGCAAAGUCAGUUUAAUUUAAGAUAUUUAAAUGAUUUAGCUGUUGGAAUGUCUGUUGUUUUCUCCAGGGGUCAUUAUUUGUAAAGAAAAAUAAAGAAUAAAAAAAUUGUAAAAAAAAACAAAAAAAAAAACAAGGUAUUAUCUACACUGAGUUCAUUUGAUGUUGAAUAGUUAUAUAUAAAGCUUUGACCUUGUUGAGGCUCAAUAUCUUAAAAUUACAGACUUGUAAGAUAGAAGAUAAAAUCAGAAUAUUAUAAAUUGCAUAUUGCUGUGUAAGUGACAUUUUCAGCCAAAACAUAGUAUUUUUGCUGAUUUUUUUUUUUUAUGUUAUACAUAUUAUACAGAAAAUUUGUGUGCUACUGUGUGAAGCUACUUCUGAAGUUUAUGCCACAUGGAAGUAAAUCUUGCAUCUCUUAAAAUUUCAAGUUGCUAACUUCAGCCGUUUAAAAGAGACGUUUUUCAGCGUUUCAUCGUCUCACUUUAAACAAUUAUCAUUUAAAAUGGAAACUAUUCUUAUUUCUUUAUGAGUAUUGAUACUGAAAUUGGUGUAAGCUUCU